GAUUUAACUCAAAUGUCAUGAAUAUCUAAAAAUGUCAUAUUUUGAAUCAAUUUUCAAUCUCAUCAUUUUCUCAUUAUCACUCCAUGAAACAGAAGGCGUUCUACAUAACUUGACCAGAAAAAUUGUUGGUGGUUAUGAUUGUUCGAUAGAAAAAUACCCUUUCAUUUUAUCCAUAAGGGAAACUAAGACAAUGCAACAUUUUUGCGGUGGAACUUUGAUAAAUCCUUCUUUCGUUCUAACCGCUGGCCACUGUAUGGAGCUUCACGAAACCAAUCCCCAUUUGAUAACAGUUCUAUCGGGUGCCUCAGAAUUCAACAAUGGGGGACUUCAAAGGCAACCAGCGAAGUCCAUUUACAUUCACAGCAACUUCAAUCCCAAAGAUUUUUCCAAUGACAUAGCUCUGAUUCAUUUAGAGGGUGCAUUCGAUAUUAAUGAUUUGACCAAUGUGAUCAAACUCCCUGAUGUUUCGAUUGAAAGUGAUUUAACUGAAGUUUGUGAAUUGGGUAAAGUGAUGGGAUGGGGACAUAGAGAAAAAUGGGUGCCAGAGGAGACUAACUUUAAGUUAUCAUUCACGUUUGAUCCGGUUCUUCAAUGUGUGGAGAUUCCUCUGUUAACUAGAAGAGUUUGUGCUGCAAUAGACCAGGGUUUCUUGGAUCAGUCUUUUGCUUGUGCUAUGGGAUCUGGUAAAGAUGCUUGCCAGGGUGACUCAGGUGGGCCACUGCUCUGUGGAGAUGUUCAGUACGGAAUUGUGUCAAACGGAUAUGGCUGCGCUGUUAAGGAUCAACCAGGAUACUAUACUAGAGUAGAUAGGUUCCUGGUAUUUAUAGAUCAUAUAACCACGAAUAUCCCGAAAGUUGUUCCGAGGAAGUAUUCUCGUAAUCUCAAUAGGGGAGAAAAUCUAUCUUGUUCAAUCAAUAUUAUCGUUAUAUACUUUCUAUUCGUUAGAUUUUUAUAAGUAUAAAAUUAAAUUUUUCAUUUAUC